AUGAGCGUCAAUUCUCAAGUCAUAAUUUAUGUAUUCAUUAUUCUCACCGUAGUAGUAAAUUCAAAUUCAACAAUUCUUUAUUCAUGUAGGCCUAGUACAGCCUGUGUCAAGACUUUUUAUCCGCAUAGCGUGCGUCGGGUACCACAUGACGCAUACAAUAAAAACCCUCCAAAAUUUGUGGAAGGCAAACUGGGGGGUCGCAGAGUAAUGUGGUCGUUAGUAGUGGGUGUGGCGGCGCUGGCCUCCGUGGCAACAGCCUGCAGGCAAACUGUGACCACAGUAAGCGGGACCCAUGCCCCGGCCCGCGUUUGUGGUGGAGACCUAAUAUUCUCCGAUGAAUUCAAUACGUUUGACCUAGAGAAGUGGCAACAUGAGCUCACAUUAGCUGGUGGCGGUAACUGGGAAUUCCAAUACUACGAUAACAAUCGCACCAACUCCUUCACGGAAAACGGAGUUCUGUUCCUUAGGCCUUCGUUGACCUCUGAUCAGUUCGGAUCAGUGUUCCUGAGAAGUGGCCGCCUCAAUAUCGAGGGUGGCCAACCCGCUGAUAGGUGUACCAACCCUCAGUGGUACGGAUGUGAGCGUCAGGGUACACCCAGUAACAUUAUCAACCCCAUCAAAAGUGCCCGUAUUCGUACCGUCGAGUCCUUCAGCUUCCGGUAUGGUCGCGUCGAAAUACGCGCUAAGAUGCCAGCCGGGGAUUGGCUAUGGCCAGCUAUCUGGUUUAUGCCGGCUUUCAAUACCUACGGAUCCUGGCCAGCUUCGGGUGAGAUUGAUCUCGUAGAAUCCCGCGGUAACCGUCAAAUGUUUAGCAACGGUGCCCACAUCGGUACGCAGGAAGCUGGCUCAACUCUGCAUUUUGGUCCCUUCCCCGGUGAAAACGCCUGGGAUAGAGCACAUUGGAUCCGAAGAAACACCAACGGGUGGGACCGUAACUUCCACAACUAUCAGCUCGAAUGGACACCAGACUUUUUAAGAUUCAGCAUCGAUAACGUAGAGCUAGGAAGAAUUACUCCACCUAAUAAUGGUGGGCUCUGGCAAUUUGGAGGCUUCAGCAGGUCUAACUACCUGAACCCCUGGCGUUUUGGAAGUAAAAUGGCUCCAUUUGAUGAAAAGUUCUUCCUUAUAAUGAACGUGGCUGUCGGUGGCACUAACGGAUUCUUCCCUGAUGGAGUUCAAAAUCCUCAUCCCAAACCCUGGAGAAAUACCUCGCCAACGGCCGCCGCCGAUUUCUUGAAUGCACAAGGAAACUGGCUGCCAACCUGGAACCUCAACGUUAACAACGGAAGAGACGCCUCUUUACAAGUGGAUUAUGUCCGCAUUUGGGCUUUGUAA